GCUGAUGUGGAUAUAAUACUCAGACCGUUAUAAUAGAUGUACCUAUAAAGUAACCAAAAAUAGAAUAUGUAUAUAUUCACAGGUUCGAAAUUUGGGUUGACUGUACGUUUCUCUUUUCGACACUUUCAGCGGCAACUUAAUCAGAUUAUUGCGCAUUACUGGUAUAAAAAUGCACCGUGUUUUUUUGUAUGGGACUUUGAAGAAAGGACAACCAAACCAUCACCAUAUGUUGGCCUGGAUACAAGCAGGGGAGUGUGUAUUUGAGGGCACAGGAGUGACCGAGACAAAAUAUCCACUGGUUGUAGAAAGUCUCUUUAAAAUCCCGUUUUUGCUGGACGCGCCCGAUGCACACAACGCAGUGAAUGUCGAGGGCGAAGUUUAUUCUGUGAACGACAAAAUACUGGACAAUCUGGAUAAUAUUGAGCGACAUCCCACAUUUUAUACUCGGCUUCAAAUUCCCAUUAUUAUUGAUGGAAAAACUGAAGAAAUAUGGUGCUACUUGAUGAAGAAUUUCAGAAAAGACUUUCUUCAAUUACCAGUACAUAAAAAGUAUGACUCUCGGGAUUUUCCGCCGUUUAUGGAUGGGGCCAAAAAACCGCCCACGGAAGAGGAACGACGAAAAUUUAUGGCGUAUAUUAAAGAAAGUCUCUGAUAAUAUAUUAUACAUGUAUCAUCUGAAUUAUUUUUUUGAAAAGCUUGGCAUAUGAUGUUACAUUACACGUGGCCAGGAUAUUGUAUUGUUGUGGGAUUUUCCCCUUCAAAUUAUUUUGUAGCAGGUAUAAAAUGUAAAUAUGAUUUUUAAUAGAAUGAGAAUCUCACACCAAACAAUAAAGUUUUAUUUUUCAGAUCUUAAAA